AUCACACACACUGAUGCCUCAAAUAUGUGUGUGUGUGAUCAGGGGUGAGAAAGAGAGAGUAGCAAAGCAGCAAGUGUGUGUGCGUGAGAGAGAGAGAGAGUCACAGAGAUGAGUUCCACUCCACCCACAUCCAUCCAUGUCCAAUGUGAGGGGGAGGUGAAACUGUUCAGAGUUUACUGUGCUGUUAACUGGCAUUAUUUAGCUGCCCGAGUCAAGAGAAGAGACUAGUCUGCACAUUUCUUCAUAAGAAUUCAGUCCUGCUGGCGCAACGAUGAGCUCCCAUGUGAAGCUGAGGAAGGAGAGGGUCGGCACGCUGGACUACGAAACACAAAUAAAAGAGGUUCGUUGCCAACUUGUAGAUCAACUCAAGGUGUUAGAUUUGCAACUUGAGCAGAAGACUCAGCAGCUGCAAGACAUGAGCGACUAUCUGCGGCGACGGGGGGAGAUUGAGAGCGAGUAUGCCCGCUCCCUGGAGAAACUUGCUGAAAGGUUCACUUUGAGGAUUAAAAGGAAGGAUCCCAGUACUCACACAGUGUCUAAGGUUUGGGUGGCUCUGCUGUCCCAAACCCGGCAGGAAAGUAAAGACCACAAUGGACUCAGCGAAAGCUGCAGCAACCUUCUGAUCCAGCCCAUCAUACACUGUCUGGACUACACUCAACGCCUCGCUAAAAAGAGUAAAGACAUCUGUGCUCAGCUACAAGAUGGGCUACUCAAGGUCACCACCGAGCUGCAGACCGCAUGGCGGACGUACUACCAGUACCACUCUGAGUUCAUGUGUGCAGAGGGGAAACUGAGGGAGAAGCAGGAGGAAAAGCAAAAGCAGAACGCUUCUAAAAAACUGGAGAGGCUGAUAGAAAAAAGACAAGUGAAAUGUCAGGAGAUCCAGCUGAAGUGCAGCAAGGCCAGAAACGACUACCWGCUGAACCUUUCUGCAGCCAAUUCUUCCAUGAACAAGUACUUCCUCCAGGACAUCACUACUCUCAUAGAUUGUGCAGACGUGGGCUACCACUUCUCUUUGGGCAGGGUCAUCCAGGCCUAUCUGUCUCGAAGGCUGCGGGCCCAGCAGAACCUAAGCUCGGGUCUAGGGCAACUCCAGGAGGCCGUUUCAGGUCUGGACCAGGGCCAAGACAGAGACACCCUGCUGCAGGAGAACUACAACACCUUCUCCAUGCCCCUUCGGUUCCCCUAUCAGCCCCACGAAGGGGACCAGAUUUCUGAGGUCUGUGCAGACUGUGAAAUGAAGUGCGAGAUGGAGACUCGAUUCAAACAGAUACAAACCCGACUGAAGGCCGUCACGCAGGAAACUGAGGAGGCGUGUAAAGGCAUGUCCACAUCCCAGUCCUCACUGCUGGACGGUAUUGGUGACGAUGAUCUGCAGUCCAMCGGUGGUGGUCUGUCUCAGGGGGGCAGCACUGAAAACCUGACAAUCAGGCCCAGUGUGGCCCGGCGCAGGGCCAACCUGCAGGAAAUAGAAAACGUCUACUUUACUAAAGUCAAAGAUUAUCUUGUUGGCAGCUCGCUGGUGUCGAAGCUCCAAGCCAAACAUGACCUGCUUAAAGAGGCAGUGGAAAAAGCUGAAGCUUCAAAUGACCGUCAGCCCCGACAACGGUCUGUGCGAAUCAGAAAGAACGCUUCAAGCAUCAAUUUGCUGCACAACCACAAGCUUUUUACUGGAGACAUGUUAUCCUUCAUAAAGGCGUCAGGCCAACAGAUUCCAAUCGUGGUGGAAAGUUGCAUUCGCUUUAUCAACCUUAACGGUCUCCACCAUGAAGGGAUUUUUCGAGUGCCAGGUUCUCAGGUGGAGGUUAACAACCUGAGGGAUGCUUUUGAGCGAGGUGAGGACCCCCUUGCUGAGCGCAGAUAUGAUCUGGAUUCUGUUGCUGGAGUSCUGAAGCUUUACUUCAGGUGUCUGGAGAAUCCACUCUUUCCCAGCGACAGCACCAGUCAGCUCCUUGAGUUUGCCCAAAUAAUGAACGAAGCAGAGCGAGCAGCUCAGCUCAAGGCUGUUGUCUCUUCCUACCCCGAGCCCGUYAUUGUUGUCAUGAGAUACCUUUUUGCAUUCCUUCAUCACGUGACUCAGUACAGCGAUGAGAACAUGAUGCAGCCGUACAACUUGGCCGUGUGCUUCGGCCCCAGCCUGGUGAGGGGGGAGCAGGACGACGACGUGGUGGCCCUGCAGCCUCUCAUCAACGCUCUGGUGAAGAGCAUCAUUCUGCAGCACGAGAGCAUCUUCCCCAGUCUGAGUGAAGUGCCGGGGCCAGUGUACGAGAAGUGCAUGAGCAUGGAACAGGACGACUGUGAGRCUCUUAUUGAGGAAGGGGAAGCAGAAGCAGAGUACGCCUACUGCAAAGAUGAUUUGGAGACGGGCUCCUCGGCUGAGAACGGUCAGAUGAAGGUGGAGCGUCCCCGAGCUCACAGCAGUGGCUCCUUAGAUUACAGUAAGACACCAGCAGGGGGCGACUGUUCCACAGCUGGAAGGAGGUCUCUUCAGAUACCAGUAGGACCUCCKAUCAUGCAGAAGAGACCACUGUCUCCUAACUACACACGCAAAGAAUGUCAGCAACAUCCAUCUUCAGAAGAUGUUUGUGUCCAAGUGGACAAGGAGGUCUGUCGCCAGAUGCAGUCAGUUUUCAAAGAACUUCUUUUAAGACAACCUCAGCAGGAUCCCCCCUCCUCGACACCUUCUGCCCAGACUCAAGCGAAGAAGGGGAAGCGAGAGGGCCGGAAAGGGGCCAGGCUUUUCAGGUCAGCCGACCCACUGGACUGAAAGGACUCCCAUCAGAGCGAGAGGAAAAGAUGCCGAUGAAAUCUGAGGGCUGUCUGAACAGCUCUGACAGCAGCUUUCAACACUCAGAGACUGGAAAGCUGAAGUCAGCUGAUCCAUAGUCCCUUCUCUCAUGUCUGGUUUGGGAUUAUUUCAUUUGAGUGGCUCCUUUAUCAAAAUCCCUUUGAGACACGAGUUUUUACAGUAAAUCCCUGGAGUGACUGCAGACCUGCAGGAAGAAAUAAAAUCUGUGAAAUACUUGAAAUGCUUGACUGUGAAAUGAGUGCUGCUGUGUGACUGCGUCUGUGUUCCGCUGCUCUGAUUUAAAGAUCUGAUUGAUCUUUGUGUUKUCAGUGAUUUUUAAUGCUUUAUACRCCUUCAAGAACAAAGUUUUGUUCAAGAUAAGAUUUUAACAACUUCUAAAGAAUGCUGUAAGAGUGAUGUAAAUUAUUCUUACAUGUUUCACACUUUAAUUUGUUUGUAAAUACAUAAUAAAUAAUUCACAUUUUCUCAGAUUUUA